AGGAAGACAGGGAGGCGUGGGUCUUGGAGCUCUGUAUCGAAGAGGCGUGGGUCUGGAGCGCACACAAGAGCUGACGGUGCGUUCGCGACGACUGGUUUGCUCCGAUCCAAAUCACGGGGAUGCAGUUGUAGCUUUUUGUUGUACUGUUGUUUUAGUCCCCGAAACAAAACUCCCCAAAAGAGCGCUAGAAGUGUAACAGUUUAGUCACUGGAAACCAACUGAAGCGGACUUUACAACCCCCAUCCUUGAAAAUGUGCUCUGGACUAGUUCACGCAAAGACGCCGGGAACUGGCGCUCUCGUCGCCCGCUCGCUUCUGUGUGUCGCCGGCCUCCUGCUCGCUUCACCUCCGGGAUGUGGAGCCUUCAACCUGGAUGUGGACAACCCGUCGAUUUACAGCGGUGACAAAGGCAGCUACUUUGGAUACGCUGUUGACUUUUAUUUGGCUGAUUCCGCCAGUGCAAGCGUGGUGGUUGGCGCUCCCAAGGCUCACACAAAGCAAACCGAUAUUAUUGAGGGAGGCUCUGUCUCCUACUGUCCAUGGAACCUCGGCCAAUCCGAUUGUCACACCAUCGAGUUUGACACGGAAGGGUCUCGUGUCGUCACAAUCAACAACACAGUGCAUCAGAUUGAGUUUAAGUCGCACCAAUGGUUUGGUGCCACGGUGCGUUCACAUGGGGACACGAUUCUGGCCUGCGCACCUCUCUACUCGUGGCGGACUGAAAAGGAUGAACCACGGUCUGAUGCUACUGGGACUUGCUACCUCUCUGUUCAGAAUUUUACCAAAUUUGUCGAGUACGCUCCCUGUCGAACAGAAAUCAGCGACGAGGCAGGACAAGGCUACUGUCAAGGAGGAUUCAGUGCCGAUUUCACAACGGAUGGUCGAGUGGUGUUGGGCGGGCCCGGCAGCUACUUCUGGCAGGGUCAGGUGAUCUCUGCAGAUAAAGAGGACAUUAUCAAGGCCUAUUACCCAAGCUAUUUUAUGCAGAGUGUGGAUGGUCAGAUCCAGACAAAACAGGUCCAGGCUAAACAUGAUGACAGUUACCAAGGUUACUCUGUGGCUGUUGGAGAGUUCAGUGGAGAUCAAGUAGAAGAUUUCGUGGCUGGCAUUCCAAAAGGAGUCAUGCUUUAUGGUUUGGUGUCUCUUUUGAAUGGAACAGACUUGAAGACAAUGAUUAACUUCACAGGCGAGCAGAUGGGAUCAUAUUUUGGCUAUGCAGUGGCCACCACUGAUGUCAACAGCGACGGAAUGGUGGACCUGCUGGUGGGCGCUCCCAUGUUCAUGACGCGAGGCUCUGAUGCCCGCCUGGAAGAAAUGGGCCGGGUCUACUUAUAUCUGCAGCGUGCCCCCUUGAGCCUGGAGCUGAGCCCGCUUCAUCUGACAGGCACUCAAGUUUUUGGCAGAUUUGGCAGCACCGUCGCACCGCUGGGUGAUCUGAACCAGGACGGAUUCAAUGAUGUUGCUGUCAGCUGUCCAUUUGGUGGGGAGGAGCAACAGGGCUUAGUCUACAUCUACAAUGGCUUCCCCCAGGGUCUCCGAGAUAAGCCAUCUCAGGUGAUUGCAGGCCAGUGGGCUUCUGGGUCCAUCCCUUCCAGUUUUGGCUUCGCACUCAGAGGGGCUAAGGACCUGGAUAGGAAUGGUUAUCCAGAUCUUAUUGUUGGUGCCUUUGGCGUGGACAAGGCCAUUCUCUACAGAUCUCGGCCUAUCGUCAACACUAGCGCCUCCCUAACAGUUUAUCCCACCAUGAUCAAUCCUGAAGAGAAGAACUGCAUGAUACCUAACGGAAACACGAGCAUUUCUGUUUCCUGUGUCAACUUGAGUUUCUGCAUAUCCGCUGACGGGAAGCACCUACCAGAAGUCCUUGAUUUCCAGGUGGAGGUACAGCUUGACAGCCAGAAGUUCAAGCAAAAAGGAGCAGUGAAAAGAGCUCUCUUCCUGGACUCCCAGCAGCCUUUACUGCAAAGGAACAUAAGGGUCCACCGUAGUGAACGUGUGUGCAACCACACCAAAAUCUACCUAAGAGAUGAGAAAGACUUCAGGGAUAAACUCUCCCCCAUCUUGGUGGCAUUGAACUUUAGCUUGGAUAACAAUGCUGCUGCAGACUUGCAUGGCCUGCGACCCAUUCUGAACCAUCAAUCCCCCAACAUAAUUGAGCAGAAGGCUCACAUUUUGCUGGAUUGUGGAGAAGACAACAUCUGCGUCCCCGAUUUGAAGCUAGCAGUCCAUGGGGACAGGAAGGAAGUGUACCUGGGUGACGACAACGCGCUGACCCUGACUUUCAACGCCAGGAACGAGGGGGAGGGGGGCGCGUACGAGGCAGAACUCUAUGUGGUGCUGCCCCCCGAGGCCGACUACAGCGGCAUCGCCCGCAAUAAUGAGACCUUGGCCCAGCUGACUUGCAGCUACGACACCGAGAACCAGACCCGAUACCUCAGCUGUGAUCUGGGAAACCCCAUGAAGUCUGGCACCAGUCUUUGGGCAGGUCUUCGCUUCACGGUGCCUCGGCUGAAAGACACUCACAAAACCGUCCAGUUUGAGCUGCAGAUUCGCAGUAAGAAUGAGAACAACUCCCACAGCGAAGUGGUGCCUUACAAGCUUGAGGUUGUUGUCCAGGCUGAGGUCAUCCUGCAAGGGGUGUCUCGCCCAGAUAAGGUCUUCUUCCCACCGACCAACUGGAAGGUGACCAAGAACUAUGAAGUGGAGCAGGAAGUGGGCCCGGCAGUGGAACACAUCUAUGAGCUGGUAAACAAUGGACCUAGUCGAAUCAGCCACACCCUGUUGGAGCUUCGCUGCCCACUUGCCGCCCAGGGUCAGACUCUGCUUUACCCGUUGGAGUUCUCCACUGAGGGCCCAAUCAACUGCACCUCCGACAGCAACAUGAACCACCUCCAACUCAAACUCAAACGCACGUCAACGGAACCGCCACAUCUGGCUCUGAAGGCCCACGAGCACCGCGUGGAAAGGCGGGAUGCGCACAAGAACACGCUUGCACACUUGACAAACCUGUCCUGUUCCAACGUGGACUGCUGGGCUCUGCAGUGCCAAGUGGGUCUCCUGGAGAAGGGCACCACGGCCAUUCUCAAAGUGCGUUCUCGCGUUUGGGCUGAGACCUUCAUGGAGAGAGCGUAUAAGCAAUAUGUGCUGGAGUGCCUGGCCAGAUACAGUGUGAAGACCAUGCCAUACGCCAUUCUUCCCAAACAUGUUCCCAGUGGACACAAAAAGGUGGUUACCCCAGUUGUGUGGAACAAACCCGACAUUGAGAACUCUGUCCCGCUAUGGAUCAUCAUCUUGGCCAUUCUAGCUGGUUUACUGCUCCUGGCCUUGCUCAUCUUCGUCUUGUAUAAGUUCGGCUUCUUCAAGAGAUCCCUCCCUUACGGCACCGCCAUGGAGAAAGCCCAACUGAAACCACAGGCUGCGUCAGAGGCCUGAGCAGUCUACGCUAGCUGAACCACAGAAUUACAAAACCAGGCCACAUGAUUGCAAAGGAGACACAUGACGGAGGAUUGCAAAGAAGCGAGACCACUGGAACUACUAGACUUGGCAGAACACAAUUCCAAAUGUUCUCCCAACAAACGAAUGUUCUUUUUUUUCCAUUUUUCUUUUUUUUUAAUUUAUGUUUGUCAACAGGCAAGAUCACUUAUUAUGUAGUUUAAGGAGCUGACCUGUCCAGGAUGCUCCCAGGAUUGUCCCCAAACGCUUGCUGGGAAGUCUCCAGCACCUAGAACAAUUGAAGCGGGUAUAAGUAAGCGUCAGGGUGGAUGCUUGGAUUCUGUCCGUGGCGAUGAUCUCGCUCCCUCAGGUUGGAGGAUGGUGCUGCGUUGAGUUGUUUUUGCACUCAAAGAAAAUCUACUGAUUCACUUCUAAAGAUGCCUAAGACUGACUCGCGCUCCUCACGAGUUCUACUGAUUGCUUUGCUUUUUCACCAGAACCUCCAAUUAGCUCGAUGGGACAGAAACUGGAUGACCUUGAAGCCUUCCACUGGGGAACAUUUGUGGUCUCUGACAUGUCCUAUUUCCUCCAGCCAAAGCCUUAAACCUGACAAUCAGCAGUGUUGUAGCUUCAACAGGGGGUUCAUGCCGCGAGCAGACGUUGCAAUUAAGCGUGUGUGAACGAGCCUAAUUCAGCUUGGUGUUACUGUGACAUACUCUAUUUAUGACCAUUUUACCAGAGAGAGAGAGAGAGAGAGAGAGAGAAAACAACCCUCUAUAAAAGACUGCAGGACUGAACUUGAUCAAGACAAUUGUUUUGGUCUCAGACCCUUACUGUAUGUGCAAAUACUUUUGUGGGGGGGUGUUAGCAUAUAUGCAUUUGUGUGAAUGGCAUAUUUAUGAAUUUUGUUUUUAUUUUAUGAACUCUUCCACAGUUCCUCCCGUAUAGGUCCUGGUUAGCCCCACUAUGUUGCCACCUGGAGAGUGUUAAUGUCGCAUUUUCACACUUAACUUCAUCUUGUUCCAUUUGUGGCAUAUUCGGUUUACAAUAACUGGAUAUUUAUCUAAGGGUGGUGACACUUGAAUAAUUACAGAAAACUCAAUGGCCCUGAUAACUCCUAGUUAAUCAAUUAUUGUACAUUAACUAUUGUGAUUAGGGCUAGUAAAAGUAUUGAAGCAAUACCAUUAUUGUGUUUCAAGCAUCGCAAUGCAUAGACUUCAUUAUCAGUUGACGGGAAACGGGGAGUGGGGCCGCUCCUUAGGGGGACCUAUUUUCAAAAACUUUAAAUUCAAAUAUUUUCAAAACCAAAGCCACUAGGGACCUAAAACCAAAACAGGCACAUCUAUUAGGCAAAUAUGAGUCUCCAUGAGCAGCGGCAUCAAAAAAUUCAGUUGUUCCCAAAUAAAAUCCCAAAUAAUUGUUUUGUAUACAAGUAUAACAAAACUUAAAUGGCUAUAACAUUCUCAGAUUUUACGCUAGAUGCACAAAAACCACCAAAUGCAGAGAUAAUCACCUAUAUUUUCAGGAUCAAUAGCAAUAUUUAACAUAUAUAAGUUUUUGCCCGAAAGAGUGACUCAUUUUUCCAACAGCUUAUAAAUCAAUUCGAAACCGAAAUCAGAAACUUAAUACUUGAGGAAAGCAUGCAGAAUUAUCUUAAUUUUAUUCAACAGAAGGAAAUUCUGCAUUUUUCUAUAUACAAUCACAACUUGUUUAGGUUGAAUGCCAAUGUCACUAUUGUCUAAGCUCGUCUUGCUGGCUAUCUGACCCUUGUUGUCUUUAGAUUGAAAUGUUACAUAAAAAAAAAAAAAAAAAAACGCGUAAAAGCCGAAUCUUUUUUGUAUGGACGCAGAAAUGUCUAAAUUUGUUUUUUUGUUGUUGUUGUUGGCAAAAACGGGCAGUUGGCCAAAAAUUACCUGAUUAUUUGAAUGUCAAGUUACGCUAUUGUGCAUGGAUACAAAAUCCAACAUGGCGUCCAUCACAAAACAAAUAGCUUUUUAAGUUGACAAUUCUUGUAAAUAAAUGUGUAAAUCCCAGAAUUUCUAUAGAUAUGAACAUAAAACAGUAAAGAUUGGUUAAAAGCAAAAAAAACGGGCAGUUGUCAUUCUUUUUACGUAAAAAUUUCAAGAUAUAUAUGUUACGCUAAUUUUUUCCCAUUCAUUUCAUUUUUUUUCACAAUGUUUCAAAGUGCAUGCAUAGUGCUAUUUUAUGUCAUGACCCUAAAUCCUUAACCAACUCACUCUUGAGACACUCCUGCCUGUUUGUAUGCACUAAAAGUUUUGUCCUGUUUCUACCUAAAUCCGGCGUUAGAACACAGCGUGUUUGAGUUUAUUGCAUAGAAAGUUUUCCACGACGCUCUGCCUGGCCCUGCCCCCUACGGGAAGCCGUGGUGCAAUGUCUGUAGGAGCUGUCUCGUCAACUGAUAGUGUAGUCUUUGCCCAAUGCUCAUGGCAUUGCGAUAGAAGUAAAAAUAUUAUUGCCAUUGUUGUAGAAAUAAUGUGCAACUAUUGUUGUCUAUGUUGAAGUAUCGUGAUUCUAUUGUUACCGAUAUAAAAAUAUCACAAAAUUACCGCAAUUCAUGAUCAUUUCACCACAAGGUGGAGGUAUUGUGCUAAUGUUGCCAUUGCAGCACAAGAACAAACACAUCUUUUUGUAUGUGAUACAAUUUGUCGUGAUCCAAAUGUCAUAGCAUAAAUCGAAGCCAUAUAACAAUACUUGCGUCAUUAAUGUACAAAUAUUGCAUAAGUACCAUCUUGAUUGUGGCACUAAAGUUAUAUCAUUAUCGAUGAAGUAUUGCGAUAGGAUUUUCAUUAUGCUCUUCAGUAUCAUAUUGUCUUCAGAGGGGGCAGCCAGGCCCUGGGAGCCAAAUGUUUAGACGUGCAAUAUAUAUAUAUUUUCACCCCUCCCCAAGUCGUUUUUUUUUUUUUGUGUUAUUUUAAUUGUGACAAGCCAGAGCUCUGUAGUAAAUGUUAUAGCAAAAAGCACAUAUCUUAUGGUUCAGGUUCUUUGCCGAUUCUACACUUGGAAUUAAUUUGUCUCCACUUUGUUGCACGGAUGCAGAAUACCAACCUCGGAGAGCCGACAUGAUAAAUAAUGCGCUGUAUGGUUGCGUCUAUCCAAACAUCUGUGUUCCUAAGCACAUUGCUCACAUUGGUUUGCCUCAUUUAACACCACCUUCUCCCUCCCGUAUCCUAUAGUGAUUCAAUGUUUGUCAAAUGAUCUACAAAACUCUUCCUAAUGUCAAGCCAUUAUUUAUAAGGAUAGUGUUGAACUCCUUUCAUGGUUUCAUCAUGUGAAGACACUGCCUCCCUCUCCCUCUUUAUUGUAUUUUUUUUUUUCAUUUUUUGGCAUGUCCUUUUUCUUUUCCUAAAAGAGGUUGUACAUAUUUAUGACUUAGGAGAGUAUUUCUGAAUCAAAAUGUUAACUUGUGAAUUUCCUCACCCCAUAUUGGGGAUUUGUGUUUUAUUUUUGCUGGAGAGGAAUGGGAGCGUCUUUGGAGCUCAAUUUGUUCCUGUUAUGAUUUCACAUUUUUACAUUUCUACCUUGUAUGGUUUGUAUUUUAAAUAAACUAUUCUCCUUUUUAACAAUUUCUCUGUGGUUUA